AUGAAGUGGUCCGCACUACUUGGGCUCGCCUUUGUGGGAGCUGUCCAUUCGUUUGCUUCUACCGACUCUCUUCAGGAUGCUGACCCUGCACAAUCUGGCUACCUGCCAAACCAUAAUAUGGACCCCAACAAACUUAGCACUUUCAAGCAAGGAUGGAAGAAUACAUACAACGCGAACGAGGCAUUCUAUGCGAAACCGCUGACCUGGACUCCAGCAGGCUCGAACGCUGAGCAGGUUAUUCUCGUUUCCAAUCAGAAUAUUAUUAGGAUAGUCGAUGGAGCAACGGGAGCACUUCUGAAUUCUCGAACCCUGGAUCCUCCUUUCGCAGCGACUGACAGUAAUUGCGGUGACAUUCCCAAUACCAUUGGUAUCACGGGCACUCCAUAUAUUGACGGCAGCACGAAUAUAAUGUAUUUCUUCUCCAAAGGAUAUAAAAACGGUGCACCAACGGGCUCUGGAACUUUGAACGGACAAUACAAAUUCUAUGCAGUCCAGCUACCAAGCCUUAACGAUGCCAACGGGUUCCCAAUAGUUAUCGAUGGUAACCACGCCGACAACGACCCCACUCGCUACUUCCUUGGCGGUACCGUCCUCCAAAGACCUGCGGUGUCUUCUAUUGGCAAUAUCGUCAUGGGUGGCUUUGGUGGUCAUUGUGACAAUUUCAAUUAUACAGGAAUGUUUGUGGCAGUGAGCAAAGUACCUGGUGUUGGUAUAACCAACAUUCAAGCUAUGGAGGCAAAUCCUGGAGCUCCGCAACCGCAAACACUGGAUUAUCUUAACCAAGGCGGUGGGAAAGCCGGUAUCUGGAUGGGUGGCAUGGGAAUGGCGACUGAUGCGGCAGCCGGGAGAGUUUACUUCGUUACUGGCAACGGACGUGGAGCUGGUGAUAAUGGUGGUGGAGCACCCGCAUCUGGUAAAAAGUAUACGAGCACACUCCAGCAAGUGACAGUCCACUUCGAUGUCUCGCCGAGCGGCGUUCUCACUCAGGCUGACUACUUCGAGCCAUAUGAGUACCAAAGUCUCAACGGAGGUGACAGAGACUUUGGAUCUUCCGGUGCUGCUCUCCUUGAUCCUGUUUUCUCUGGCAAUGGGGUCAGCCGAAUCAUCAUUGCAGGAGGAAAGAGUGGCAAAAUCUACAUCAUGAAUGCGGACAAUCUUGGCGGUUUCGCCAAUGGACCAGGCGGGUCGGAUAGUGUGAUACAAACAAUCCUUGCGCCGGGUUCGAUGUUGAGUGGUGUGGGUAGUUAUCCUCUGGAAGGGGGAUAUAUCUAUUUCGCCCCCUCGGGAUUCAGUUUGUUUGCCUACAAGUUCGGCACGGAUAACCAAGGCAAUCCCGUCUUCACGCAAGCUGGGAAAUCAGCAUUGACUUUUGCCGGAAAGACCAUUCCGACAAUCACCACCCUUAAUGGGCAACCUGGAACAGCCAUUGUCUGGAUGGCUGAUGUCAACAAUGGCUUGGUAGCAUAUAACGCGAUUCCACAGAACGGAGUUCUUGUACCAUAUUCGAUUCCCGCCACAGGACGGCUGCAAAAGAAUCAACGACCCGGAUUCGGCAACGGCCGCUGUUAUUCCUCUUCUACAAACAACGUUAUGAUGAUUGGUGGAAGCAGUACACCUCCCCCUCUUACCUGCACACCAAGCCCCCUUAACUUCGGGUCGGUGACUGUCGGCCAAACCAAAACUGUUCAGGUCACCUGCACCGCGGGCACGGCCCUGAAUCUCCAAGGUUGCACCACAGGUCUCGGAACAUUCUCAUGCUCUGGCAUUCCAGCUUCCGUAGCCAGCGGUGGCCAGUUCACCUUCCCUGUUACUUUUGACUUGACGGAUAGCAACAUUGAAAAGGUCAGACAAGGAGGCUUUCAAGUGCUACCUGGAGCCGAAGGAACUACACUGAACAUCUUGAGCAGCACAGGAGCGUUGCAGACGAGUGUUCAACUCACCGCCACCGUCGUUGCAUCUGGUGGGUUUAUUGUUUUUGGUGCCAAAACAGUGGACUUCGGUGGCCUGACUGUUGGUGGCUCAUCGACCGGCUCAGUAACCGUUACGAACAAGGGUGCAGGUGUGUUGACUUUGACUGGCUAUGCUUGGCAAGACCUCACAACCACCGGUCCCCCUUUCAUUAACGUCACCGCUUCCAACCCGAACACCGUUAUCGGAACCGCUUUCACCUCUACCAACUUCCCUGCUCUUGGUCUUCAAAUCCAGCCUGGCGCAUCGAUUUCAAUCUCGAUGGUAUUUUCUCCUCAGUCGGCUGGCACAUCCUCUUCGAUGCUUACAAUCUGGAGUGAUGGUGGUUUCUCAGACGUCAUGUUGGUCGGCACUGCAGCUCAAGGAACGUCAUCCUCAUCGUCCUCCAGCAGUUCCACAAGUACACCAAGCUCAUCCUCGAGUUCUUCAUCGACAAUCUCGUCAGCGAGUACCUCUUCAUCAGUAUUCUCUUCAUCUAGCAGUGCACUUACAUCUUCUUCCACCACCUCCAGCGGCCCAAGCUCCGUCUCCGCAACCACAACAGCUUCAACAUUCAGCACAAUCACCACUUCCUCCAACCCCACCCCCACCGUUUCCGGCACACCGGGCUCCUACAACUAUAUGGGAUGCUUCUCUGACCUCUCUUCUGGACACGCGCUCCCCCUCCUCUUCCGCAAUAACAGCGUGACACCCGAACUCUGUGAAGCAUAUGUCUCCUCGCUCGCGCACAAACCAACGCCGACCGUGCUGCCCUAUUACUAUGUCGAGUAUCACAGAGAAUGCUACGGUGGAUCGAGCUUCAGCUUCGGGAGCUCCGCGAUCACGAGUUUGGUCGGCACGAAGGCUUGCUCCAUGGUGUGCAGCGGCAGUAUUGGGGCGCAGGUCACUGGCACAGCAAAGUGUGGUGGAUCCAAAGAGUUUAACUUAUAUGCAGCGGGAGGGUUGGUCAGCUGGGCGGGUGUGGCGACUACGGUUACGAAGUAGAUUGACGGAAAGGGUGUUAGGGUACGGUUGCUGUGGCUUCAAGCAAAAGUUGUAAUUUUAAUGGAUUUGUUACGGAUUUAUCUUUCUUUGAGCUUGCGUGCCGUAUUUACUGAAGGUUUCCAGCCACACCUUUCCACGGAG